AUGGCUGCUGCCUUGACACAAGAUGAGAACCUGAAGCGUCCAGAGGAGGCUGGCAAUCAGCAUCAGCAGGACGGCAGUCCCAGUACGUCUCUCAAGAAAGGAAUCACUGCUUUAAGCACCUCGAAGCUUGCGAACCAGAGCAUGCCCAAGAAGUUAAAGGUCUUCCACGAACCCAUUGCCAUACGCGAUUCCCAUCCAGUGAGCAAGCUAUUGGCAAGGCUGCCUGAGAAGCAAUCAGGAACGAUGCCGCGCAAUGAGAAUAUGAAAUCGGAUGACGAGUCUCUCUCUGUUCCCGUGCUUGAUCACGGAUCAGCUUCUAGCUCGCUUCCUAUUACUCCCACCACAGAGGGAUUCACUACAAUUCCGCCAACCGCAAGAUCUGCGUCUGCAACUCCGAACGAAGGCCACCCAACUACAGAGGAGGUCCUUCGCUUGAAGCUUGAGCUUGCUCAGGCUCAGAACAAGAUUACUCGCCUUGACCAGGAGCUGGCUCAGACUCGCGAUAUUCAGUUCGGCAGCCGCCGUCCAACACCGACUACAUCCCCUGAGCAGAAUAUUUCCCUAGUCCCUAAUGUUGAACAGAUCACUGCCAGAGCUCCAGGUGCCCCCGUCACCAAUGUACAACCCAGGGCUGCGUUCCCUCGGGACAACUUUUGGCACGCACCUGUUCCUGAUGACUGUCGCUCCGAGACUAGCGAUGCUCUAUCUGCAACAGGGUUCAACCGCAGCCGCGCAAUUUGGAACAGUGGCAAACCAAGCUUCCAGAACGCCUUUGUCCCAAAUUCCAAUGUUGUUCCUGAUGCUCCCCAGCCAGUUCCGUGGGGAGGGCUGCGUAAUCCGGACUUCAUGGACCACAAUCCUCACUUUCCCCCGCCAGUCGUCGACGGUUUUCGUAGCGAUCGUGUCAGCCCCGAGCAGGACUUCAUGAUGCGUCCCUCCAGUGCUCGCCGAGGAAAUCGCUACGAUCACCGGUUUGGACAACCUCAGCCCUUUGCAGGGCACAAGCACUGGCCUCUCUCCACAUGCGAGAGAGUUUACUUCUACAGGGUCAUCUUCUUGGAAGAACGAUCUGACCGCAUCGACUUUUAUAAGGCAAUCGCUACAGAGGGCCAGACAUAUCUCCCCACGACCGAGCCACUUAAUUAUCGUCGUCUGUUAGAUCGAAAUGUCAACUGUAAUUGGAAGUAUAUCGUCGACAAGAUUGUGUGUAAUAACGAUCAACAAGCUUCUAUCUUCCUGCAGCAGAAGCUUAAAGUUGGUACCCCUGAACAGAAGUACGAGAUCGUUGAAGCAAUUGUCGCACAGGCAUAUCCUCUCAUGGUCAACCGAUUCGGAAAUUUCCUAGUUCAGCGCUGCUUCGAGCAUGGCACUCCUGAGCAGGUGAUCAAGAUUGCUGAGGCUAUUCGCGGAAACACUCUGAGUCUCUCAAUGGACUCGUUCGGAUGCCAUGUAGUCCAGAAGGCAUUUGACUCUGUUCCUGAGGACUACAAGGCUAUCAUGGUCCACGAACUCCUUCGACGGAUUCCCGAGACCGUCAUCCAUCGUUACGCAUGCCAUGUAUGGCAGAAGCUUUUCGAGCUUCGAUGGACUAAGACUCCACCGCAGAUCAUGAAGUUUGUGAAUGAAGCCUUGCGUGGCAUGUGGCAUGAGGUUGCCUUGGGCGAGACGGGAAGUCUUGUGGUGCAAAACAUCUUCGAGAAUUGUCUAGAAGAGGAUAAGCGCCCGUGCAUUGAGGAAGUCCUUGCCAACAUCGAUAUUGUGGCCCAUGGCCAGUUCGGCAAUUGGUGCAUCCAGCACAUCUGUGAGCAUGGGGCUCCGGCAGAUCGCAGCCGUGCGAUCGAUCACGUUGUUCGUUAUGCUGCCGAGUAUUCUAUGGACCAGUUUGCCUCUAAGGUGGUUGAGAAAUGCUUGAAGAUUGGUGGACCGGAGUUUCUCGGCCGAUACCUUGACCGUGUCUGUGAGGGUCGUGUGGAUCGUCCACGCAUCCCCCUCAUCGAUAUUGCCAGCGACCAGUAUGGUAAUUAUCUUAUCCAGCACAUCCUGAUGAAUGCCAACCCCCAACACAAAGAGAUCGUGGCUGCUCAUAUUCGCAAGCACAUGGUCUCCCUUCGUGGUUCGAAGUUCGGGUCACGAGUCGGCAUGCUUUGUACCAAUCCAGCAGUGGCAACCCGUCCAGGUCCCGGUCUAGGACCGGUGAUGGGCAAUCGCAUGGCUCCCGGUCCUAGAUAUGGUGGUGCUUAUCGUUAA